AUGUCUUUAGUGGGCACCAUCUCUCCUUUCCUUGGCAAUCUUUCUUUUCUUAGAGUACUUGCUCUUAGGAAUAACAGUUUUCAUGGCCAAAUUCCACCUCAGCUGGGAAGGCUCUUUCGCCUUAGAAUACUUAGAUUAUCUAUAAAUGAAUUAGAAGGCUUCAUUCCCUCCACUUUGGCUGAUUGCCGUUCUUUACAACGCCUCAUUCUAUCUUAUAACAAUCUGAGUGGCAACAUUCCCUCUGAGCUAGGCCUUCUUUCACAUUUAAAAACAUUUAAUUUAGCAAUCAACCAACUGAUAGGUACAAUCCCUAUUGAGUUGAGUAUGCUUACUCAACUGAAUCAACUUUAUCUUAGUGAAAACUACUUAUCAGGAUCGCUUCCUAGUGAAUUUGGUAUGCUUACUAAACUCAAAGAGCUUUGGCUUGGUCUGAACAACUUGGUAGGAGUGAUUCCCGCUUCCCUUUCGAAUUGCACUCAUCUCCAAAUUUUGAAGUUAUAUGAUAAUCAAUUAAUUGGUCACAUUCCCUGGGAAUUUGGCAAACUAUCAGAAUUACAAAUAUUGCUUGUAUGGAAAAACCAACUCAGUAGAGAAAUCCCAGCCUCCCUCUCCAAUUGCACUCAACUUCAAAAACUUGAUUUAGAUGGUAACCAAAUAAGUGGCACUGUGCCAUUGGAGUUUGGAAAAUUUCUCCAACUUCAAUGGUUUUCGGUAGGGAAAAAUAAUCUCACUGGAAAAAAUGACGAGCUGUCUUUUCUAACGGCCUUGACUAAUUGCUCCUCCUUACAACUUCUAGACUUGUCUGAUAAUUAUCUCAUCGGGAUUUUGCCUACUUCUGUUAGCCAACUAUCAAGCCAAUUGUAUUCCAUGAAUUUGAAUCAAAAUGAAAUUGAGGGAAACAUACCAAGUGGUAUGGGGAAUCUUACAAAUUUGGCAACCUUAGACUUACAUGACAAUCAUUUCAAUGGGACCAUUCCAUCCACUCUCGGUCAACUUUUGAAUCUUGAAAGAUUGUAUUUGGACAAAAAUAAUUUAUGUGGAGGAAUACGAACAAGUUUAGGUGAUGCGAAAAGGCUUGGAUUGCUAUCAUUGAGUGAAAACAUGAUUUCAAGUCAAAUUCCAGAUGCUCUUGGAAAUCUUCCACAACUAAGGUAUCUUAUUUUUCAUCACAAUCAACUUUCAGGGAAAGUGCCUGCCAGUUUAGGGAGAUGUGUCAAUUUGGAAAAGAUGGACUUAUCUUACAACAAACUAGAAGGAAACAUACCUCUUGAAUGGGCAAAUCUUGUGAAUCUCCAAUUUUACUUCAAUGUCUCUAGCAAUUUGUUACAAGGUUCUAUUUUAAUAAUGAAUAAAAUGGCAAUGGUUCACGCUAUAGAUGUGUCUCUCAACAAAUUCUCAGGUGAAAUUCCAGCUGCAUUGUCAAGUUGCACAAACUUGCAAUAUUUGAAUCUUUCAUGGAAUUCAUUUUACAACUCAAUACCAGCAUUAGUCACAAAUCUAAAAAAUCUUGAAGUCAUUGAUCUCUCAGAAAAUAAUUUGUCAGGUACAAUCCCAAUGGCUAUCCAGAAAAUGAAAAUGCUUCAACAUAUUAAUCUCUCUUCAAACAAAUUAAUAGGAGAGGUUCCAAAGGAAGGAGUUUUUGCAACAAUUGAUCAGUCAGCAAUUUCAGGAAAUGUUGGACUUUGUGGCAAAUGGAUUAAUUUGCCACCGUGCUUGGAUUAUAAGCACAAACAACUCUCAACCUCCAUAAAGGUGAUAGUACCAAUUAUGAUUGGCAUUGCAAUCUUUAUUAUGUCUUCCAUACUCCUAAUUUUCUAUAGAAGGAGACAUAUUAAUCAAAAUACCAUUCAAUUCGACAUUGGGCCUAAAAAAAUUGCCUAUGAAGAACUUGUAGAUGCAACUGGUGGGUUUAGCCAAACUAAUCAGCUAGGAGUUGGUAGUUUUGGAUCUGUUUAUAGAGGGAUUCUCACCAAUGGUACACAUGUUGUUGUUAAAGUUUUCAAUUUGCAGGAUGAAAAUGCCGUCCAAAGUUUUCAAAGAGAAUGCAAUGUGUUAAAAAGAGUUAGGCAUCGCAAUGUGAUCAAAAUCAUUUCGGCUUAUUCUAGCUCUGAUUUUAAAGCAUUGGUUCUUCCAUUCAUGUCAAAUGGAAGUUUGGAGAGAUGGUUAUAUCCCGAAAGAGAAGAUGAAUGUAAAUUAAGUUUGGCUGACCAAUUAAAAAUAGCAAAAGAGAUAGCACAAGGAAUGGAAUAUCUACAUCAUUAUUGCUUUGUGGAAGUCAUUCAUUGUGAUCUAAAACCUAAUAAUGUGUUGUUAGGUGAUGAUAUGACUUCAUAUAUAGCAGACUUUGGCAUUACAAGACUCUUUUUUGAGAAUUCGAUGGAUUCAGUGUACUAA